GCAGCUAGUAGUACAGUAAAGAAGACAAAAGGAUCCCCCAAACGUCAGAACGUACGAUUUCCCUAAUUGGUAAUCUGGGAUUGCCACCGUCACACAAUCAGAAAAUCCAAGAUGGAACCCAAAUUGAAAAUACAAAUCGAGCAAACAGUUAGGGAAAUCCUCGAACAAUCCGACAUGGAUUCCACCACGGAGUACCAGAUUCGGAAGAUGGCCUCCAAGAAGCUCGACCUCAAUCUCGAUGUAUCCGAAUACAAGGCCUUUGUACGCCACGUCGUUAAUACUUUUCUGGAAGAGCAGAGAGCCAAAGAAGAAGAAGGAGACAAGAGCAAGGAAAAGGAGUUCGACGAUGAUGGUGACCUUAUCGUUUGCAGGCUAUCGGAUAAGAGAAGGGUGACGAUUCAGAACUUCAGGGGAACAGCCUUGGUAUCAAUAAGGGAGUUCUACAAGAAAGAUGGCAAAGAGCUUCCUUCUUCUAAAGGGAUAAGUCUGAAAGAGGAGCAGUGGUCAGCCUUAAAGAAAAAUAUCCCUGCUAUAGAGAAAGCCAUAAGGAAGAUGGAAGACCGGCUGUAAUGAGAGGUGCAGAUUAUGUAUUGACGAUGCAUGGGUGUUGAAACUUUGGACCUCUCUUGAGAAUGAUACCAUAUUUUGGACCUCUCUUGAGGAUGAUACCGUAUUUUGGACCUUUGAUUUUGCUGCUGGUUGUAAAGUGAUAUACAGUUAAGCAGAUACAUGAUGCUGCUUUCCUGUAAUUGUAAUGCCUCAAGAGGAUUUACAACUGCUGGUAUGUUCUUGGAAGGACAACCUCAAAUUAACGUAAUGUUUGUUUUGUCUGUUUC